AUAAAACGGCUGUAGCCAGUACUUGUUAUUGAGUGUAAAACUGACGAGGGCAGUCUUCGUGACAGCUUGCUUCAGGCAAAAUGGAUGUCCCGUCCAUAAUUCUCGCCGCUGCAGCCAUAGCAAUCUCCAGUUUGUACCUGGGGAAAUUGUUGGUUCGGAGGCUGAAAUUCACUAGGCAGUUGGCGAAACUGCCCGGGCCAAUGGCUUUGCCGCUGGUUGGCACCACUUACUUGGUUUUUUUCGUGCCGAUGAACGGUAUACUGAAGUUCAUGGGAGAACGUAUCAAAGAAUUUUAUCCUAUAUGGUGUACUUGGGCGGGACCAUACCCAGAAGUAAACCUAAUUAAGGCAGAACACAUCGAGAAGAUCCUCAGCGGAACGAAGCACACAGAGAAGUCUUUUCUCUACACGUUCCUUUAUCCUUGGCUGGGAACUGGCCUGCUGACGAGCUCAGGAAAUAAAUGGCACACUCACAGGAAGAUCAUCACCCCGACGUUUCACUUCAAGAUCCUGGACAACUUCAUGGAAGUGUUCUCUGAGAAGAGUGAGAUACUGGUGGACAAACUGCAGGGGAAAGCAGACGGGAAGACUUUCGACAUUUUCCCCUACAUCACCCGAUGUGCGUUGGACAUCAUUUGCGAGACCGCCAUGGGAACUGAAAUACACGCCCAGGAAGACGUCAAUUCAGAGUACGUGCGGGCGGUGUACGACAUAAGCGAAAUAUUCAUGAGCCGGGUUCUGAAGCCGUGGCUACACCCUGACCUCAUAUUCUACCGAACACGGAAGGGCAGACGCUUCGCGGAGUGCCUCGGCAUCUUGCACGGAUUCACCAAAAGGGUUAUCGCAGAAAGGAAGGUGGCGCUCUCAGGUGUCGCUGGCACAAACUCAGAGUCAUCAGAAGAAGACCACCUGAUAGGCAAGAAGAGGAGAAAGGCUUUUCUCGAUCUGCUUCUCGAAGUUUCUGAGCAAGGUGGCAGGCUCUCGGAUGAAGAAAUCAGAGAAGAGGUGGACACGUUCAUGUUUGAGGGUCACGAUACGACCGCUGCCAGCAUGUCUUGGAUCAUACUCAUGCUCGCUCUCCACCCCGAAGUGCAGGAGAAGGUGAGCGCGGAGCUGGACAGCAUAUUCCAGUCGUCCGAGCGAGCCGCCACCCCGAGGGACCUCAGCGAGAUGAAGUACCUGGAGCAGGUGGUGAAGGAGACGCUGAGGCUGUACCCCAGCGUGCCGUUCAUCCAGCGCACGGCGAGCGAGGACGUCCGCCUGGACGAGUACUGCAUCCCGGCCGGAGCGACCUUCACGCUGCAAAUCUACUUCGCCCACCGGAACCCGGAGAGCUUCCCUGACCCGGAGCAGUUCGACCCGGACAACUUCCUGCCGGAGCGGGUCCAGGGCCGACACCCGUACGCCUACAUACCCUUCAGCGCCGGGCCCAGGAACUGCAUAGGACAGAAAUUCGCUCUGCUGGAGGAGAAGAUCGUGCUGUCCUCCAUCCUGAGGAAGUUCAAGAUCAGCUCCACGCAGAAGAUAGAGGACAUAAAGCUUCUGCCGGAGCUGGUUCUCAGACCAGAAGGCGGCGUCAGAGUGUCGCUAGCUCCAAGAGAGCCACUCAGAGCGUAACUGUCAAAGAAAUCGCGUUCUCAAAUAAAAAUAAUAAAAAAAUUUUUCAAUCGCA